AUGAACGGCAGGAAGUUUAAUCCCGAGGGAACGCAAGCAGACGUCGACUCGCUUGACGGACGCCUCCUGUUCGCCAUCCCUAAGAAGGGCAGGCUGCACGAGAAAUGUAUGGAACUGCUUUCCGGCGCUGAUAUCCAGUUUCGAAGACACGCCCGUCUCGAUGUAUGUCUCGUCAAGAACCACAACAUCGCGUUGGUCUUCCUUCCGGCAUCUGACAUCCCUUCUUUCGUCGGGAAGGGUAAUGUCGACCUCGGUAUCACCGGACAGGACGUCAUCCUCGAGGCCGAGAUGAGCGGACUCGUCACCGAGAUUCUACAGCUCGGCUUCGGCAAAUGUGCGUUGCAAGUUCAAGUGCCCGAGGCAGGUCCCAUCAAGACCGUAGAAGGGCUUGCGGGAAAGCGUGUUGUUACGAGUUUCGAGAUCCUCUCGGGGAAAUACUUCAAAAACAUCGACGACCGGCUACAACUUGCCGACGACAGCAGAACGAAGAUCGAGUACGUCGGAGGGAGCGUGGAGGCCGCCUGUGCGCUAGGUUUGGCGGAUGGCAUCGUCGAUCUCGUCGCACCCCGAUCUGGACCCCUCAUCAGACUUGUCACGAGCCGCAUAGCGGGCGUCGUCGCUGCCGGCAAACUCCCUGCCCGCCGCACGCCCCUCGAGGAGUCGGGUUGGGUCGCGGUGAACGUGAUGGUUGAGAAGAAGAAGAUUGCGGACGACAUCCUCAUCUUCAACCUGGACAACUGCCGUGUCUAG